UAAACAUCCGGUCGCGUUAUUAGGCUUCUCUUCGGAUUUCCCGAAAUCUACGGGAGUGUUUUAAAUGGUGAUGGAGGAGAAGAACCAGCCAGAGCAGGCUCCCAAAUCCUCCAACACACCUCGCACCAAAAAGCCAGACAGAGCCCUGUACACACCUAAGAGACAAACGACCAAGGCAGGGGACCCUCAGCCUCAGAGUCACCCCAAAGACCAGCCCCAAGAUGGGGGGGAUAAGAAAUCAAGACCCAGGCCCCGUUACACAGACAAGGCCCGGAGGUACAACACAAAGAACAAGAAGCACAAGGCAGAGGCCGAGAAAACAGCACCAGGAGGUGACCAGUGUGUUCCCAACGGAGAAUCCACGGCGUGUGACGCAGAGGUAAAACAAGAGGGAGACAAGGAAAACGAAAGAGCAGAGACGGAUGUGAAGGAAUGUUCUGGAAAGGACGCAGAAGCCAGGACCUCCUCUGAGAGUGAGCACGUAGCUGCGGAGAAAACGCCUGAUGUCAGCGCUUGCGAGACGGGAGGGACACUCCAACAGAAGGAGAAGGAGGAGGAGGAGGAGGAAGGAGGUGACUGGGAUGCGCUGUUUAAUGAUGAUGGGGAGUGCCUAGACCCCCACCUGUUAGAGGAGAUCUCUCUGAAGGAGGGGCGUAAAAAACCUUCCAUCCAGGAGCCUGAGUUUAAUUACUAUGAUUGGUCGCCUGAGGAUGAGGAGGUGGAGCUUCGCGAAGACGAGCUGUCGCAUAUCGUUGAGAUCUACGAUUUUCCCUCCGAGUUUAAAACAGAGGAUUUGCUGCGGGCUUUCAGUUCUUACCAGCAGAGGGGAUUUGACAUAAAUUGGAUUGACGACACACAUGCCCUGGGUCUGUUCUCCACUCCUCUAGCAGCCCGAGAGGCCCUGAGGUCCAGACACCCCAUGCUGAAGGUCAGACCCCUCUCCAAAUCCUCAGCCGCCACCAAGGCCAAAGCCCGCAGCUGCUCAGACUACCUCCUCCCUGCCAAGGAGCGGCCCCAGACCAGUGCGGCCCUGGCUCGGCGGCUGGUGAUCGGAGCUCUGGGAGUGAAGAGCAACCAGAGCCGAGAGGAGCGGGAGGCAGAGAGGAACAAACUCCGCCAGGCCAGAGAGCAAAAGCGUUUGGCAGCCAAACAAAGGGAGGAUGCGUGGGAGGGACGAUGAACAGACGAAAGGAUGAAGAAACAUUUAAUCCCCCCCCCAAAAACCCCAACCCC